CAAAAAUGUUCUAAUCUACGUGCCCUUGGUUUAUAGUAUGUCAUGAUGAUAUAAUCAAAUAGUGUUAUAUGAGUGAUCGUCGUUGAUACAAGUUUAGUUUGUUCACGGCUUUUUGACUAAGUGAUAAAACUACCAAACAUGGUCCUCACACUGUAUAAAUGCGACGCGAGCCCUCCUGUUAGGUCUGUCCUAAUGGUGAUCGAACACUUGAAGCUGCCAGUACAAUUUGUUGACGUGAACUUCAUGACGGGAGAGCAACUUACAGAAGAGUAUAAGAAAAUCAAUCCACAACACACGGUGCCAACACUGAAAGAUGACGACUUUAUCCUUGGAGACAGUCAUGCUAUUUCAUUGUAUUUAAUAAACAAAUACGCGAAGGAUGACUCUCUCUACCCCACUGAACCUAAACUAAGAGCCAUUGUUGACCAACGUCUGCACUUUGACAGCGGUAUCUUGUUUCCAGUAGCCAAAAAUGGUUUCGGUCAAGUUGUCUUCCAAGGAAGAAAGAAAAUGACCGAUGAUGCCGUAGAAAAGAUCAUAUCUGCGUACGAGUUCACAGACCAAUUUGCAACCAAAACCUGGUUGGCAGGAGAACAGUUCACAAUCGCUGACAUCUGCUGCGUGGCAACUAUCAGUAGCUUGAACGAAUUAGUUCCUAUUGAUGCUCAGAAAUAUCCUCACCUGUAUGCUUGGUUGAAACGUUGUUCAGAGUUGGAUAUUUACAAGAAAAAGAAUGCUCCCGGAAGCAAAGAAAUCGGAGAAAUAUUCAGAAGCAAAUUAGCAUAAGAAAUCUUAAUUGAAAUAUUUUUAUAUAUAAUACAUUUCACUGUUAAAAUUGUUAUACAUUCCACGUUAUAUUAUA